AACUCAGCUGCACACUUGCACAUCACUAGAGAUUGGAUUGGGUGCGAAAGAUUUGGGUUUCAAUAAUUGCAAAAGAAAAAAAAUGCAAUUUGGGAAAGAGAGUGAGAGACAUGAGAUGAGAGGGGAGGAGAUCUUGGAGGCAAAAGCAUAUGCUUUGCAAAGUUCCCUCCAAUAUCCCCUUCUCCUCCAAUGGAAUAUCCCCCAAAUUCUUCCAACUCCCAGCUCCAAUCCCGCAUCUCUCUUCGCUCUUAUAUAUAUACGCAGCACGAACUCGCCGUCUUUCUUGCUCGCUCCCACACGCUGCGCCAACCCAGCGCGUACACGCAAACAAUUUGUAGCUGGUAGCAACACACAAUAGGUAUAGCGCCGGCAAGAGAUUCUUCUCCGGUUCUUGCUGGUUUCUUGCGGGGGUGGUGGUAAUGGCGAUCGGUGGCGAGAUCAAGGACGACCUGGAGGAGGCGCCGCCGCCGCCGCUCCUCGACGAGGCCUCUCUGCGCCCGCGCCGCGUGGCGCUCUUCGUCGAGCCCUCGCCGUUCGCCUACAUCUCUGGGUAUAAGAACCGGUUUCAGAACUUCAUCAAGCACUUGCGUGAAAUGGGCGACGAGGUCAUUGUUGUGACUAACCAUGAGGGAGUUCCACAAGAGUUCCAUGGUGCCAAGGUUAUUGGUUCAUGGAGCUUUCCAUGUCCAUUGUAUGGAAAAGUUCCUCUCUCGCUUGCACUCAGUCCUAGGAUCAUUUCAGAGGUUGCAAAGUUCAAGCCUGAUAUUAUUCAUGCAUCAUCACCUGGAAUUAUGGUUUUUGGGGCUCUUGCUAUUGCAAAGCUGCUCAGCGUCCCCCUAGUGAUGUCCUACCACACCCAUGUCCCAGUAUACAUACCAAGAUAUACGUUUAGCUGGCUUGUAGAACCAAUGUGGCAAAUCAUCAGGUUCCUUCAUAGAGCUGCUGAUCUAACUUUGGUACCGUCUGCUGCUAUCAGCAAGGAUUUUGAAACAGCCCAUGUUAUUUCAGCUAACAGAAUACGCCUUUGGAACAAAGGUGUUGAUUCUGCCAGCUUCCAUCCCAGAUUUCGCAGCCAUGAGAUGCGAGUUAGGCUAAGUGACGGUGAGCCUGAAAAACCACUGAUAAUUCAUGUUGGGCGCUUUGGGCGUGAGAAAAGCUUAGAUUUUCUGAAAACGGUAAUGGAUCAGUUGCCUGGUGUAAGAAUUGCAUUUGUUGGAGAUGGACCAUAUAGGACUGAGCUAGAGAAGAUGUUCGAGGGGAUGCCUGCAGUGUUCACUGGAAUGAUGCAAGGAGAGGAGCUCUCUCAGGCAUACGCCAGCGGUGAUAUUUUCGUUAUGCCUUCAGAGUCUGAAACACUCGGCCAAGUAGUCCUGGAGUCCAUGUCAUCUGGAGUCCCUGUAGUCGCAGCACGUGCCGGUGGGAUCCCCGACAUAAUUCCAGAAGAGGAGGAGGGCAAGACCAGCUUCCUCUUCACCCCAGGAAACCUCGACGAUUGUGUGGGCAAGAUCAAGCUGCUGCUGACAGACAGGGAGUUCAGAGACAGCAUGGGGAGAACCGCUAGAGCCGAGAUGGAGAAAUGCGACUGGAGGACGGCCUCGAGGACGAUCCGCAACGAGUUCUACAACACGGCGAUCUUCUACUGGAGGAAGAAGCGCGCGGAGCUUGUCCAACCUUUGCAGUGGCUGGCGCAAAUGUUCCUGCCGGCAACUGAUCGCACCCGCAGCAUCACCCAACAUUGAUGCACAGUGAUGGCCAGAUCCACACAUUCCCUGUAAAUUCCUGAUCUAUAUAGUGCAGUGUCAAUAGGUGAGAUAGCUCUUCCUUCUGUGUGGGAUUGGAAUACAGUGAUUGGUUGUAGUUCUUUUUGGGGUAAUAUUGUAAUGGUGCAAAAAAAAUGUGAUGGAACUUUGUGUUGACCAUGAUCCAUGCAUACAUCAUCAAGAUGCUGUUGUUGGAACUUUGGACGCAAGAAGAAUCCAUAUAAGCUUAUGAAAUGUUAACUCUUUUGUCA